AUGAAAAGAACAAAGAGGGACGAUCCUGUUGCUCUCGUCAUUGAUUUGGCAUCAUCAUCAUCGGACGAAGAAGAAGAAGAAGAGGAACAGCAAAAGGAACAACAAUCAAAUAAAAUUAGAUGCACAAAUUGCCGUAAAGGGCACUCCAAAUGUUCAUCUCUGCAGGACGGAAUUUUUCCAUGCAAAAGAUGUAAGGAUAAGAAGAAGGAAUGUAUUCCAGUGAAUUUUAAAAGAGGUAUGAAGGAAUCCGACUCUAAAACAUCAUCAAAAUCUUCAAAAUCUCCAUCAUCAAAAUCAUCAGCGAGUGGAAAAUCAAACAACAAGAAAAAUUCAUCAAGUCAAACAUCAUCUUCAUCAUCAAUAGUACAAACAGUUGUUAAAAAGGAAGAGGAACCAAAGAAGAAACGAAAAGUGGUGAAGGAUGAAUCCGAUGAUAGUCCAACAAGUAAGCCACUUCUCACCAAUCUGAAUGGUCACUCACAACACGAUCAAAUCGAACCAUUCGAUGAGACAACUUAUAACAAUUUUGAAAGAUAUUCGGAGAGAUUAUUGGAAGUAACAUCUGAUGAUGGAAGAUCGAAUACUACUUCCUUCAUUAACAAUAAUAAUAAUAAUAACAAUAAUAAUAGUAUGAAUAUAUUUCUUGCUAGGAUGCCUAAUGGAGAUUUAAACUUGAUGAGAGCUCCAUCACUUCUUCAAUCCAAAAUAAUGUUGGAGAAAAUGGUUGCAGAACCUGAAACUGCAAUGAUUUAUCAGUAUGAUGGUCCUCUGUGUUUUGGAUUUUCUCCCACUGUUAGACCUCUAGCAUCUGCAGAACAGUACAUGAUUAAUCAAGUCAGUACUUUAUCAAAAUCUAGGGAUACUCUACUUCAUCAACAUUUUGUGGAAAACUACAAGAAGAAUCACAUGCUUGAUUGUAAAUUUAGAGUUUAUGAUGUGGAAUCGAAAACUGAGGUCGAUUUGGAAUGUCACUCUGCUGUUGUACUUUCCUUUAGUCCUUAUCUGAGAUCUCUCGUCAAACCAACAGCGACUCAACCAGUAUUUAAAUUUGGAAACAAAUUUCACUAUGUAAAUAAGAAUGCACUGUUAAAUAUUAUCGAAUUUCUCUAUCUAGGAAAGAAAAUUGCUGGGAGUAUGGAUGAACUGUUUGAUAUUGUACUUUGCUCAAUUUUGAUGGACAUUGAAGAAGUCAAGUAUGCAGCAUGUCUCACUAUUAUUACUAAAUUAUUCAAGGAAGGUCAAAUUGCACCACUCAAACCUAAAAGAGCUGCCAAAAUAGUUGGAGUUUUACAUUUUGCAGAUGAACACUUUUUGCAAUUACUCAUUCAAGCAAUUUUCAAUAGGAUCGUGAGAGAAGAUGUUGGAGAAGAAUUGAAACAACAUGGAUUGAGUAAACAUUUAUUAGAAAAACUGAGAAGUUGGCAAGAAUAUCGAGAUGGAGUUGUGUGGAAUGAAGAAGGACUCACUAAGGAUGUCUCUAUGAAACUUGACAAUAAUACCCUCUCAACCAAAACAUGGCACAAAUUGACCAAAACUGCCUACCCAAACAGACAAUACUGUCAAUCGAAAGAAGAUCUCAAAGAAGUCAUCAUUUCCGAGCAAAUAGAACACGACCUAAAGAAAGCUAAAGAAGCAACAAACUCUCAAUCAUUAAGCAGCCCUAAAAAAUCCAUUCACAAACGUGUUGUUUCUAAUCAACUUUUGUAAAUAUUAAUGUAUUU